AUGGAACCAUCGCCUAAAAUCCUCGCAGUCAUCGGAGCCACUGGCCAGCAAGGGGGAUCUGUUAUCAACUAUGUCCUCAACCAUCCAGAGCUAUCCAAGCAAUUCAAGCUCCGGGCUGUGACACGCAAUCCGUCAAAACCUGAAGCCCAAGCCUUGAAGGAGCGAGGAGUUGAGGUCGUCAAGGGAGACCUGUAUGACAAAGAAUCGCUCAGUAAUGCUUUCAGAGGCGCACAUACUGUCUUUAGCCCCAGUUUCACGAGUUUUGACGACAGCCUCUAUGCUAAAGAAAUCAUUCAAGGCAAGAAUUUAGCAGACGCAGCCGUCAAUGCAGGUGCCCAGUAUAUGAUUUUCACCACUUUAUGCCACGCAGGCGAUAUCUCCCAUGGUAAAUAUCGUGAUUUGGACAUCCUCAACGUCAAGGCCGAUAUCGAGAAAUAUAUUCGCUCUCUUUCCAUCAAGAGUGCCUUUUUCGCACCAAGCAUGUUUUACCAAAACCUCGGCAUGUUUUAUUUGGCUCCUCGACCCCAAGACGAUGGAACUUUUGCGAUAUUCAAUGUAUCCUCUCCUCAGAGUGUGUUCCCGUUUUUCGACGUUGUAGGCGACGCAGGCAAGUUUGUGGGUGCUAUUCUUAUGGAACCAGACAAAUUUGAGGGUAAAAUCUUAUAUGCGGCAGCAGAGCGCCGUACAUUUGAGGAAAUGGCAGAGAUGGUCAGUAAAGCAACAGGCAAGACCGUCCAAUAUAAGCAGCUGUCGGUGGAUGAGUAUGAGGGCGUAUUGACACCUACUCCGGCCCAGAUCUUCAGCCACAAGAUGUUCUUUAUGGAGGAAUACGGUUACUUUGGCCCAGAGGAGAGGGAGCGUAUCGAAUGGUCAACCAAAAACAUUCAUGACAAGCUGACCACGUUAGAAGAGUACCUUCAGAAGAACCCUCUUCAUCUGUAG